CUCAGGGGAGCGAGUCUGCAAAACGAGGCUCUCUGGGGAUGCACAAUGUUCCACGUCUACAUGUCAACACAACAUCCAGUGAGUCGUCCAGAUGUUCCUCCAGCUGUUCUGAGCACGGGAACCCGCCGCGUGGCUUUUCCUCUUCGGCGUCCUGCCCCGCCGACCUCGAGCGCGAGAAACCCCGGAGUCCGCAAGCGGAGGGGCGACGCGAGGCUCCCGGACCGCAGCAGCUGGAGGAGCUGGCGGUCAGAGUGGUCACGCAGGCGCUGAACCGGGCCCUGUACGCGAUGGAGGGUCAGAACCGGGCCAACGGGUCAGGAGGGAAGAAAGAGGAGGUCCGAGAGGGCAAGAGGCGCAGUGGGGAGGAGGAGAAGAUGGAGUGGUUUCAGAAGAACGGGAGAGCGGGGAGCGGAGGCGCCGACCAGAAAGAUACCCUCGACAACUCGGACAACGGACCGGGCUCGGAUGAGUUCAAGGACCCGGACAACGGACCGGGCUCGGAUGAGUUCAAGGACUCGGACGACGGACCGGGCUCGGAUGAGUUCAAGGACUCGGACGACGGACCGGGCUCGGAUGAGUUCAAGGACCCGGACGACGGACCGGGCUCGGAUGAGUUCAAGGACCCGGACAACGGACCGGGCUUGGAUGAGUUCAAGGACUUCUUGCGAGGGACUCCAGGAGAGAGACUGCUCAAUCUCUGGAUGGACAUCGCGAGGCUGAAGGCCGCACAGAACUGGGAGCGGAAGAGCAGGUAUUUGGUCCUGAUGAGGAGCCGGUACCUGCGGAGCAGCAGCCGCAGCAGCCUCAAUGUGGAGCUGCUCUUCAGACUUGGGCUCACUACCUCCCCCUGCUGGACGGAGGAGAAACUGCUCUCAGUCCAGCCCUCCCUCACCGAGUCCCUGCUCCACUACUGGGUUCCUCGGUUCUGGACGUCUCGCUGGGUUCAUGAAGACCGCGAUGACUCCCUUCAGCCAGAGCUGUGGACUGAGUGGUGUUCCCGGUCUCAGUCCGACACGCAGACCCCCCAUCGGUCGAAGGCCCUCUGGUCUGACACCUGGCGGCCCCAGCACCCCCAUGCGGACCACACACAGUUCCAUUCGAGCAGAAGUCUGUUGCCGGGCAGAAGAAGAACGGAGAAGAUGCUGCAGGCUCUGUGUGUCGACUCGUGCGCCGGCUUGUACUUCACGACCUUCUGUGAACAGUCUGGAGACCCGCUGUGGGAGAAUGCAGUGAACCUCUGGACCGACCUGCAGCACUACCACGAGCUGUUCUACCAGGGCGGCCUGGACCCCUACCGGGUCCAGAGAGAGGCCCAGCUCCUCUACUCCACCUACCUCUCCGGCUGUGCCAGGAGGAGCGUCGGCGUCGGCGAGGAGGUCAGAAGGGAGGUGUACGACCAGCUGACGCCCGCGUUCGAGGAGCUGUUUGACGAGGUGGAGGAGCUCUCGCUGAGCAUCCUGCUGGAGCCGUGGACGCUGCUGCUCGGCAGGGAGAGGGAGUCCUUCAGGAAGGUGUGUGUGCAGGAGGAGGUGCGCUGCAUCGACAGUCAGGAGUACAGGGAACUCCAGAGUCUGUACGAGGAAUCGAAGCGCCGGCUGAAACGGGUGGAGCAGUGCGGGUCCACGCCCUCUAGCAUCUCGCCGUCCUCGCCCUUCUCAAAGGGCCGCCGGGCGCCGGGCUCCUGGUCCAGGGUGUCUCCGGUCUACCAAGGCUACCGUCUGGGUUCCUUGCUGCGCCACCGCCACGAGAUCGGCCACUUUAUGUCCUUCCUGCAGACUCUGGACGCCAGCAUCCAUCUGACGUGCUGGCUGGAUCUGGAGCAGUACAGGAGGACGCCGCGCAAAGACGAGGCCGCCAGACGGGACAGGUCGUCUCAUAUCGCGACCAAAUAUCUCAGCGGGAAGUACUUCUUCGGCUCCGACAGCCCGGCCACAGCCGAGCAGCGGAACGAUAUAUUGCGUCUGGCGGGUGGUCUGGAGCGCCUGAAGCUCGAGUGUCUCUCGAACGCCGUCGUCGGGGAGAUCCAGGACGUCGUCAGGAGUCACAUUGAGAAAAAGUGGCUGCCUCUGUUCCUGUCCACGGCCGAGUUCACCGAGCGAAUGAGACACGAACCGAAGCCCCAGGCAGCCGACAGGCUCUCACAACAACGUCGACGCAGAGCGAGGAGAGAAGCCUGGAAGGCCGGAGGCUUGUGGAUGAGUUCCUCCAAGGAGAUCCUGCUGUUCCGACGGAUCCUGCUCGACCCGGCCACCUGUCUCCGGUUCCGGCACUUUGUCUCUCUGAAAGGAGACUUCCUGGAGAACAAUGUGCUCUUCUGGCUGGAGGUGCAGAGGUACAAGGACCUCUGUCACUCCCACAGCGACGAGGCCACCGUCCAGCAGAAGAUCUCCACCAUCAUCACCUGCUUCAUCGACUCCUCCGUGCCCCCGGCGCUGCAGAUCGACAUCCCUCCCCAACAGGCCCAGCAGGUUCUGGAGAAACGCCAUGAGCUGGGGCCUUACGUCUUCAGAGAGGCACAGAUGUCGGUGUUCAGCGCAUUGCUGAAGAUGUGGCCCGAGUUUCAAGAGCUGAGCAGCAGCGUCCAGGAGGAGCAGCUUCUCCCUCUGCUGCAGGAGAAACGGGUCAAACACCGAGCCAGAGUACGGAGAGAGAGGAGAGAAGAGGAGGAAGAGGAGGAGGAGAGGAGGAGGAGAGCUCAGGAAGAGCUGGAGAGACAGGAGUCCGGUCUUGAAGAGGAGGAUGAGGAUGAUGAGGAAGAAGAACAAGAUGGAAGAAGUGUACAGAGGGCACAGAGCUCGGUGCUGCUGAGUCCCACACAGCCGUUGUCGUGGUCCUACUCCAAGUACAUGGCGGCUCUGAAGAGAGAAGAGGUGCUGCUGAGGAGGCGGAGUCAGCUGGGAGCCUCGUUCUCCACGGCCUCAGACUGAGAGCCGGGUUGUGGUUCUGAUCCAGAACUGAGGAUCAACGGCAUGACGUCGUCAUCUUAUUCUUCUGUUGUCAGACGGGUCAUGCUGGUGUAGCACCCUGAAAUAUGUUAUGUCAUAUAUCUUACAGUUUAAUACAACUGUGUCCAUUUCUUAUAAUUUACUUUGAAUGUGUGUUUAAGGUUAAUUCAUGUGUUGUUUCUAUAUAUAUCUCUUUAAGAGAGGGGAGCGCUGUCUCUGUAAGAGAGGGGAGCGCCGUCUCUUUAAGAGAGGGGAGCGCCGUCUCUUUAAGAGAGGGGAGCGCCGUCUCUUUAAGAGAGGGGAGCGCCGUCUCUUUAACAGUUCAUGUUAAGGGUGCACUGGCACAUAUUUUUCUAACACUAUACCAUGAUAUUUACUUCCUGCCUGAGUAUUUUGACAUACUAUUCUAUGUAUUGUUACGACUUGUUGACACGCCUGACAUAAUUCUUUUAAUCCAGGUUGUCGCUCUCCAAUGACAAAUAUACAGAAACCAAAUGAAGUAGAAGAUUUGUAUUUCUCUGAGGACAUAGUUUGUUCUGUGUGUUGAUGGAACUGAGAUCAUGUUUUCCUCUAGUUGUUUUCCUCUAGCUGUACAUAGUUGUUAUUUACAUGUUAACAGCAUGAAGCCUGAUUUUCAUUGGUGGAAUCGAACUCGUAGUGAACAUGUAUGUAAGGUUCUUACAUGUUAUGUUACUUGAAGCCUCUUAUAUGGAAAUAUUGUAUUUUUUUACUACAUUGCAUAUUACAGAUUGUAAAGCUUUAGCUCUCAGGUGUCAAACACAAGGCCCGCGGGCCGAAUCCGGGCCGCCACGUCAUUUUCUGUGACCCCUGACGGCUUGAAAGACACACGAUCACCUCUUCUUCAAGAAAUGUAAGAAAAAUAUCCUGUGCUUUUAUAUUGAAGGUUUCAAAUUUAAAUGGAUUUAUGUUAUAUUAGAGAGAUUCUCUUAUGUACAAUAUUUCUACACUCGUUUAAUAAAUUAAAUACAAAGUUAUUUAUCAA